AUGGGCUCGCUCGCGGCGGUAAGUGCUCAUCUGAGCAUCUCCAAACGCGUGGUUCUUUCGUAUAUCCUGGAUUGGAUCUGGAUCAUUGGCAUUGCGCUCAUUGGCUUUGGAUUUUCCCGAGUCACACCGAAUCAACGUCCAUUCAGCUUGACUGACCCGAGCAUCUCGUUUCCCUACACGGAGCAUGAGACAGUGUCAAACAGUGUCCUGGUGGUGGUCUCGCUGAUUGCUCCUGCUGUCCUCAUUGUGCUAGUAGUAUUGUUCUUUGUUCCCGCCUCUACGGCACGGGAGUCAGGCUCUCGAUCCCUGCUGUGGAAGUCCAAAGUAUGGGAAUGGAACGCGGGAUGGUUGGGACUGGGCCUAUCUGCUGCGGGGGUCUUUAUGGCUACUCAGGGACUGAAGGGUCUGUACGGCAGGCCUCGUCCAGAUACGCUUGCGCGCUGCAAUCCAGACCUCUCAGAUAUCGCCGCGUACGCCGUCAGCGGUCUAGGGCAGGAGCUUACCGAAGCGCCUACCAUGGUGACUUGGGAGAUAUGUCGGAAUACUUCCGAUGAUCUGAAAGUGGAUGGAUUUUCUAGCUUUCCCAGUGGUCACUCGUCCUUUGCCUUUGCGGGUCUAACAUAUUUCAGUCUUUGGCUAUGCUCUAAGUUCUCCAUUGGCUUCCCAUAUCUCGCCCAUUCGCCUCUGAGCCAGGAUCUGCGUGCGCAGAACCGCGAGUCCAUCCGGACUCAGGGAGCGGCGCCUCCGGUAUAUAUGGUUAUCAUUGCCUUCGUGCCAUUUGCAGUCGCCUUCUUCAUAGCGGCUUCGCGCUGGUUUAACUACCGACACCAUGCGUUUGAUAUCAUAUUCGGUGCUCUCAUGGGGGUUGCUUUCGCCUGGGUUGGAUUCCGGAUGUACCAUCUUCCGAUCAUGCGAGGUGCAGGUUGGUCAUGGGGAGCAAGGAGUCCACGACAUGCAUUCUAUAAGGGAAUUGGGCUUUCCAGCCAUGUUGGCGCCGACAAUUGGUCCAAUACCGGGGAUGUGACUAUGACAGCAGAGAGAGAGGGACAGGAUAUUGACCUCGAAAGUGGACGGCGUAAUCUGGCAGAAUGA